GUAUCAGGGGCCUUUCCCCAGAGCCCCAUACCCCCCACGGGAUCCCAUCAUAUGAUAUCAUAAUAAUAUUAUUAUGAUACCAUCAAUCCCCUUUCCCCAAACUUCAACCUACCAAACACCCGAAAAAACAGACAACAAAAAUUAAAACAGACUCUUAGAAAUGAGAUAUAACCCUCUCCAGCUCCUCCGGCCCCUCCUCCUCCGAAGAGCCUACACUGCAACGCCAACCCCACCCCUAAUCACAAAAACCACCAUUCCAGCAGCACACACGGGCCACAUAACCCUUCUAACCCUCGCCCGCCCCUCGGCCAAAAACGCCAUCUCAAGCGCACUCCUCAGAGAACUCUGCGAGCACAUCGCCCCCCUCCUCACCCCAGCCCCACUCUCCCCCACCCGCGCACUAAUCCUCGCCAGCAACGUCCCAGGCGUCUUCUGCGCAGGCGCAGACCUGAAGGAGCGCGCAAACUUCACCCCGGAACAGACAGCCACUUUCCUUGCGAACCUUCGAGGCGCACUGCGGGACAUCUCCGCCCUGCCGAUUCCCACGAUUUCCGCUGUCAGUGGACUGGCGCUGGGCGGGGGACUUGAGCUGGCUUUGGCAACGGACUUGCGUGUCCUGGGUUCCCGUGCGCAGGUUGGUUUGCCAGAGACUAGAUUGGGCAUCAUCCCUGGUGCUGGCGGAACAUACCGCCUCCCACGGCUGAUCGGGCUUUCGAGGGCUAAGGAUUUGAUUUUUACGGGGAGGAGGGUGGGAGCUGAGGAAGCGUUGGGGUUGGGAUUGGCGAACAGGGUUGUGGAGGUUUCGGAGGAAUGUGGGGACGGGAUGGAGGAGGUUACGAGGGUUGCGGUGGAACUUGCGCAGGAGAUUUGUGGGGGUGGGCCGCUUGCAUUGAGGAUGGGGAAGCGGGCUGUUGAGGGGGGAUGCGAGGAGGCGGAGAAUGAAGCUUACGAGGGGGUGGUUGCCACGGAGGAUCGGGAUGAGGCGUUAAGGGCUUUCAGGGAGAAGAGGAAGCCAGUGUUUAAGGGGAGGUAAUCACUAUUGUUUAGUAGGGGAAUUCUGUAAAUACUGGGGGAUAACCGGGGUAAUGAUAUAUAUAUAGCUAGAGCUAGAUUG